UUUAAACUGUGUGUCAUUUCCUCACAGUUAUGUUUGGUUAGAAUGAAUGUCUCGGAUUCUGUGACAUUUUUUGUCAUAGAAGGAUUUCAGGAAAAGAAACUGCUUAUGUUUAGCAUUUUCCUAAUUGUGUAUAUUCUGGUUUUGUGUGGCAACAGCAUGAUCAUAUUCCUUGUCCGAACAGACCCAAAGCUGAAGUCUCCCAUGUAUUUCUUCCUUCACAAUCUGUCCUUCUCUGACAUGGUGUACACAACUGUAAGCAUCCCUAACAUGCUGUCAGGUCUAUUGAAGGAAGAGCACACCAUCUCUCGAUCAGGUUGCAUGUUGCAGAUGUACUUUUUCCUGUGCAUGGCCUCGACUGGGCGUGCCAUCCUUACCGUGAUGGCGUACGACCGGUACGUGGCUGUGUGUAACCCGUUGCGGUAUGCCGCCAUCAUGACCAGGAAAGUGUGCAUCCUGCUGGUGUUUGCGGCGUGGUGUUACGCGUACAUUCUCAUCUUACCAGCACUUUCUCUGGCCGUCCGGCUUACGUUCUGCGGCCCCAACAGGGUGAAGCAUAUUUUCUGCGACCACUCGUCAGUCGUGAGGCUGGCCUGUGGCAGCACCGCUGCCAACAACAUUGUGUCUCUCAGCACGGCCAUGUUCAUCCUGCUGGGCACGUUCUGCCUGAUCCUCACCUCCUACAUUAAAAUCGGCAUAGCCGUGCACAGCAUGGGCAGGGCGGAGAAGAUCAAGGCCUUCGCCACGUGUGCGUCUCACAUGAUAGUGGUGUGCAUCUCGUACGUGUCGGCGGCAUGCGUGUACAUCUCCUACCGGGUGGCCACGUUCAAUCCUGACACGCGCAUGAUCGUGGCCGUGCUGUACUCUGUUCUAACGCCUCUCCUGAAUCCCAUCAUAUACACCCUGAGAAACAAGGAGCUCUGGGAGGCUCUGAAGAGGGCUCUGUGUAGACGCAGCACAACGGGUGGCACUCAGAGGAAAACAGUGCCUUCUAUAAACUGA